AUGAGGGGACGGCUGGGUGGUUACCUCGUGCCGGCCCACGACGGUGAGGAGGGGCGCGUGGGACGGGUGGGUGGCGGCGCGUAUGGUGCAGCAAUGAGGGGACGGCUGGGUGGUUACCUCGUGCCGGCCCACGACGGUGAGGAGGGGCGCGUGGGACGGGUGGGUGGCGGCGCGUAUGGUGCAGCAAUGAGGGGACGGCUGGGUGGUUACCUCGUGCCGGCCCACGACGGUGAGGAGGGGCGCGUGGGACGGGUGGGUGGCGGCGCGUAUGGUGCAGCAAUGAGGGGACGGCUGGGUGGUUACCUCGUGCCGGCCCACGACGGUGAGGAGGGGCGCGUGGGACGGGUGGGUGGCGGCGCGUAUGGUGCAGCAAUGAGGGGACGGCUGGGUGGUUACCUCGUGCCGGCCCACGACGGUGAGGAGGGGCGCGUGGGACGGGUGGGUGGCGGCGCGUAUGGUGCAGCAAUGAGGGGACGGCUGGGUGGUUACCUCGUGCCGGCCCACGACGGUGAGGAGGGGCGCGUGGGACGGGUGGGUGGCGGCGCGUAUGGUGCAGCAAUGAGGGGACGGCUGGGUGGUUACCUCGUGCCGGCCCACGACGGUGAGGAGGGGCGCGUGGGACGGGUGGGUGGCGGCGCGUAUGGUGCAGCAAUGAGGGGACGGCUGGGUGGUUACCUCGUGCCGGCCCACGACGGUGAGGAGGGGCGCGUGGGACGGGUGGGUGGCGGCGCGUAUGGUGCAGCAAUGAGGGGACGGCUGGGUGGUUACCUCGUGCCGGCCCACGACGGUGAGGAGGGGCGCGUGGGACGGGUGGGUGGCGGCGCGUAUGGUGCAGCAAUGAGGGGACGGCUGGGUGGUUACCUCGUGCCGGCCCACGACGGUGAGGAGGGGCGCGUGGGACGGGUGGGUGGCGGCGCGUAUGGUGCAGCAAUGAGGGGACGGCUGGGUGGUUACCUCGUGCCGGCCCACGACGGUGAGGAGGGGCGCGUGGGGCGGGUGGGUGGCGGCGCGUAUGGUGCAGCAAUGAGGGGACGGCUGGGUGGUUACCUCGUGCCGGCCCACGACGGUGAGGAGGGGCGCGUGGGACGGGUGGGUGGCGGCGCGUAUGGUGCAGCAAUGAGGGGACGGCUGGGUGGUUACCUCGUGCCGGCCCACGACGGUGAGGAGGGGCGCGUGGGGCGGGUGGGUGGCGGCGCGUAUGGUGCAGCAAUGAGGGGACGGCUGGGUGGUUACCUCGUGCCGGCCCACGACGGUGAGGAGGGGCGCGUGGGACGGGUGGGUGGCGGCGCGUAUGGUGCAGCAAUGAGGGGACGGCUGGGUGGUUACCUCGUGCCGGCCCACGACGGUGAGGAGGGGCGCGUGGGACGGGUGGGUGGCGGCGCGUAUGGUGCAGCAAUGAGGGGACGGCUGGGUGGUUACCUCGUGCCGGCCCACGACGGUGAGGAGGGGCGCGUGGGACGGGUGGGUGGCGGCGCGUAUGGUGCAGCAAUGAGGGGACGGCUGGGUGGUUACCUCGUGCCGGCCCACGACGGUGAGGAGGGGCGCGUGGGACGGGUGGGUGGCGGCGCGUAUGGUGCAGCAAUGAGGGGACGGCUGGGUGGUUACCUCGUGCCGGCCCACGACGGUGAGGAGGGGCGCGUGGGACGGGUGGGUGGCGGCGCGUAUGGUGCAGCAAUGAGGGGACGGCUGGGUGGUUACCUCGUGCCGGCCCACGACGGUGAGGAGGGGCGCGUGGGACGGGUGGGUGGCGGCGCGUAUGGUGCAGCAAUGAGGGGACGGCUGGGUGGUUACCUCGUGCCGGCCCACGACGGUGAGGAGGGGCGCGUGGGACGGGUGGGUGGCGGCGCGUAUGGUGCAGCAAUGAGGGGACGGCUGGGUGGUUACCUCGUGCCGGCCCACGACGGUGAGGAGGGGCGCGUGGGACGGGUGGGUGGCGGCGCGUAUGGUGCAGCAAUGAGGGGACGGCUGGGUGGUUACCUCGUGCCGGCCCACGACGGUGAGGAGGGGCGCGUGGGGCGGGUGGGUGGCGGCGCGGCGCGUGUACACGAGCACGCGCGUCGCGUCCAGGCCCGGCUCGUACCGCGCCCACACCACGCGACCAGACAGGUUGUCCAUGCCGAAUAUCUGACACACACAAGACCGCACAUAUCAAUGAAAUACAUUGUUUAA